AUGCUGAACCAGACUGCGCUCAGUGAGUUCAUACUCUUGGGUGUCACUGAUAUCCAGGGGCUGCAGCACUUUUUCUUUGUUUGCUUCCUCUUGCUCUACUUGACCAGUCUUCUGGGAUAUGGUGCCAUUGUGACCAUGGUGAUAGCUGAGCCCCGUCUUCACACACCAAUGUACUUCUUCCUGGGGAACUUGUCCUGCCUGGACAUUGUCUUCUCCACAGGCACUGUUCCCGAAAUGUUGACUGGCCUUCUCUUUGGACAUCAGCCCAUCUCUUUUGGUGGGUGCUUGGCCCAGCUCCUCUUCUUCCACUUCCUGGGCAGUACUGAGGCUGUGCUACUGGCCACCAUGGCCUAUGACUACUAUGUGGCCAUCUGCAGUACUUUGCACUACACCCUUGUCAUGAGACUCUGGACUUGUCUGCUGCUGGCUGCAGCCAGCUGGUCCAUUGGUUUUGUGCAUGCCAUGAUACACUCAGUCAUGACCUCUCAGCUGACUUUCUGUGGCCACAACCACAUUCAUCACUUCUUCUGUGACAUCAAGCCACUGUUGAAUUUGGCUUGCAGUAGUACCAGCUUCAACAUGACCCUCCUCAAUGUCCUUACCACAUCUGUUGUUCUAGGCCCCUUUGCCCUCAUAGUCCUCUCCUACCUCUACAUCAUCUGCUUCAUCUUCCAUAAAGUCCACUCUCAGGAAGGAAGAUGGAAGCCCUUCUCCACCUGUGCCUGCCACCUCACUGUUGUGGCACUGUUGUACAUACAGCGAUCACCUCCGCCAGAUUCCUCAGCACCCUUGGGUGUAUCUCAUCUGCCCUCAUAG